AUGGUCUCCUCACCACCAAGUCAGCUGGCCUGUGGCAGCAGUUCGGACUCACUGAGCGAUGCAGAGAAAGGCAUGUACGACAGCUCGCUGGAGCUGAUGGCACCUCCGCCUUUUGCCUACGUUGCACAUAAAAGGGAUUUGCAUAUCACUACUGAGCUCGCUCCUGUUUCACCGGUUCAUGAAGGCAUUACACCGUUCUCCAGUGUGCCACAACUGUCACUCUCUUUGCCCGCGGCGUCUCGAACUAAGAUAGCUGUGGAUGCCGACAAGCUCGAGGCUGUCGUCAAGAAGCCGCCCCCACCUAAGGCGAAGGUUAGUCGGUGGAUUCUGGCCGAUUUGUGGUUCAAUACGUACCGGAAGUUCUUCACGUUUGUGACUCUAUUCAAUUUGACUGGAAUCAUCUUAGCUGCGCUUGGACGGUUCCCUUACGCCGAGAAUCACCUAGGCGCGAUUGUUCUGGGGAACCUGUUGACAGCGAUCCUAUUCCGGAACGAGUUAUGGAUGCGAUUUCUUUAUAUUGUUGCGAUAUACGGUCUACGAAGUUGGGCACCUAAGCGGAUCAAGUAUGCAGCUACAUCUGUUCUGCAGCAUGUGGGAGGCAUCCAUUCGGGUUGUGCAUUGUCUGGUGCUGGCUGGCUUAUCUACAAGAUAGUCGACAUUAUCAGAUACCGAGCCGUUCAGCACAAGGCCGUGAUAGUCAGUGGCAUCAUCACCAAUGUUCUUAUCAUUGUGUCUGUUUUGAGUGCAUUUCCUUGGGUCCGAAAUACUUAUCAUAAUGUCUUUGAAAAACACCACCGGUUCAUUGGAUGGCUUGGCCUUGCCGUACGUAUCCAACCUACUACGUGGAUGUUUGUGGUCAUGGGUAAUGCCUAUGACAUCAAGGUCGGGGAAUGGAGAGCCGAUGCGCACACACUGCUCAGUGCCCAGGAGUUCUGGUUCGCCUCUUGCAGCGUGCUCAUCCCAUGGGUCACCCUUCGAGAAGUCCCGGUGGAGGUGGAGAUUCCAUCACCCAAAGUCGCCGUCAUCCGCUUCCAGCGCGGAAUGCAACAAGGUCUCCUAGGAAGAAUUAGCCGUACCUCCAUCAUGGAGUAUCACGCCUUCGGCAUCAUCAGCGAAGGACGCAAGGCGACCCAUCACUACAUGAUCUGUGGUGUGCAAGGCGACUUCACCAAGGACCUCGUCGCCAACCCGCCCAAAACACUUUGGACCAGAGAACUCAAGUUUGCUGGCGUAGGGCACGCAUCCGCCAUGUUCAAACGCGGCAUCCGCGUCUGCACGGGCACGGGCAUCGGAGCAGCGCUGUCGACAUGCAUCCAAUCGCGUGAUUGGUUCCUCAUCUGGAUCGGGUCGGACCAAGAGCGAACCUUCGGUCCUACCAUCACGGGCUUGAUAAAAGCACACAUCGAGCCUGAGAGGAUGAUACUGUGGGAUUCGAAGAAGCGCGGGGGCCGACCAGAUACGAUGCAGUUGCUGAAAGAUACAUGGACGCGGUUCGGGGCCGAGGUCAUCUUCAUCACUUCGAAUAUGCAGGGGAACGAUGAGAUGAUGCAGGGCUGCCGGGCCGCUGGAAUGCAUGCGUUUGGGACGUUGUGGGAUUUUUGA